AUGGAAGAUGACACCCUCUACAACCAGCCGGUGGUGCUUGAUAAUGGAUCAGGAAAUUUAAAGGCUGGAUUUGCAGGGGAAGAAAAACCAAAAAUACACGAGCCUGCUUUAGUGGGAAGGCCCAAGUACCAGAAGAUCAUGGCGGUAUCGCUGGCUGACGAUAGUGUAUCAAAGUACAACAACAUCGAGGCGUAUGUGGGACGGCUGGCGCGCCAAAAUCGUGGCCUUCUCAAGCUUCUGUAUCCAAUUGAGCACGGUGUGGUCAACGACUGGGAGGAUAUGGAGCGGUUGUGGCAUUAUGUGUUCACGAAAGAGCUCAAAACGGCACCAGAAGAACACCCUUUGCUCAUCACGGAGGCGCCAUUGAACCCUCGGGCUAAUCGUGAUCACAUGUGUCAGAUCAUGUUUGAAACGUUUAAUAUUCCCUGUGUCUAUGUGUCUGUUCAGGCUGUGUUGUCGAUAUACGCCUCUGGAAGAACCACUGGAGUGGUGCUUGACUCCGGUGAUGGUGUCAGCCAUGUGGUGCCCGUCUACAAUGGGUUUUCGCUACCCACAGCUAUAAAGCGUAUGGAUGUCGGUGGCCGGGACAUCACAGACUAUUUGGCGAUGCAGAUUCGCCAGAUGCUGGGAAUCACUCUUCUGUCGAGCUCGGAGCUUGAUAUAGCCAGACAGAUCAAGGAACAAUGCUGCUAUGUGUCGAAGGAUCCACAACGGGACGAGAAGCUAUAUCUGGGUGUCGUUUACUCGCAUUUCAUGGGGUCUUCGGCUCCGGGUGCUUACACGCAUGAUGGAAUGGACCUUUUCUCCAGCUACAAAUUGCCUGACGGGCAUACACUACAUUUGGGGCUUGAGCAAUUCAGGGCUCCUGAAAUCUUAUUCAAUCCUCAACUUAUCGGCGACGAGUCGCCAGGAAUAGACGAGCUCAUGUCGAUUGCAAUUGCCAAAACUGAUCUUGAUCUACGCCCCACGUUAUACCAAAAUAUCAUCUUGUCUGGAGGCACCACCCUUCUACGAGGCUUCGGCGACCGUCUACUCAAACAGCUCAAGGAGUCGCAGACAAGCCAAAGCAGUAUAUGGUCAACCAACAGAAAUGUUGGAAGAGACACAAAGAUGAAGAUCAAGAUCUACGCUCCACCCGAACGCAAGUAUAGUACAUGGAUUGGCGGGUCCAUUCUCGCCAGUCUUUCUACUUUCCGCAAGAUGUGGGUCACUCUGAAAGAAUAUGCUGAAAACCCCGAUUGCGUUCACACAAAAUGCAUGUAA